UUUAAGUUACCAACACAGACAGUACAGCCAAGCGAGUUAAUGAAACAAAGGCUGGCUGUCUAAACCUUUCCUUGCAGAUGAGCUCUGUAGGAAGCCAGUGCUAUGUUUAUGGUAGUGACUAUUACAUUUGCUGUGAUCCGGACCCUCGACGGAGCACUUGCCAAGCUUGGACCUGGAGCGGUUAACUAGGUAGUUAGCUUAGCUUAGCUUAGCUUACCAUCCGGGGAGUCCGGACUUUGUUGGUAUGGAGGUGGAUGCUGGGCUCAGCUCAGGCCUGGAGAUGGAGCUGGGACCGGAGUUGGAAGAGGAGCUGGGCGUGUCUUUGGACGAGCUGCGUAAAUGGAUCGAGGAGCAAGUGGACAGCAGCGAGGCCGUGAAGCAGAGGAAAACACAGAUAGCCGAACUGCAGGAGUGGGUCGAACAGAGAGAAAAAGACAUGGCCACUGUGGAUAUGCUCUGCACCGAUGCUUCAGAGUCUGUAGUACAGUGCGAGACUCUGGUGAAAGAGCUGUACGGUAAAAUGGGCCUGACGUACCGAGAGAGCAGCUCUGAAGACGAGGGAGGCGGCACAGGCAGUGCAUCCGAGGUCAUCGAGAUCGACGAUGACGAUGAUGAUGACGUGAUCGCUGUGGGCUGUGUAGUUCCACCAAAGAAGGUAGUCACACCAAGCAAAGACUCAACACUUAUGGAAACAUCGGCGGCCCUACAGAGAACUUCACAGCAAGUCCAGAACCUGAUGCAAGCCGUCACCAAGACGACCGCAUCCCCAUCCACUGCAAUCAGUCCGCCAAAGGCAGUGGCCCCGCCCUCUCAGUCCCGGGGCUCCAUGCUCAAUAUUCCGGCCGUGUUCGUGUCGUCAGCCCCGGCAAACACACCCACUCAGCCAAACCCUGUCUACAAGCAGGAUGUGAUGAAAGUGACCAUGAGCAUUCUGGGUAAAAAACGCACAAAGACCUGGCACCGUGGAACCCUAAUCGCCAUCAACUCCGUGGGCAGCAGCUUCAAGUACAAGGUGAAGUUCGAGAACAAGGGUAAGAGUCUGCUGUCGGGCAACCACGUGGCGUUCGACUACCACCCGACCCUGGAGCGGCUGUACGUGGGCGCACGCGUCGUCGCCAAGUACAAGGACGGCAACCAGGUGUGGCUCUACGCCGGCAUCGUCGCAGAGAUGCCCAACAGCAAGAACCGCAUGAGGUUCCUGAUCUUCUUUGAUGACGGCUACGCCUCUUACGUGGGCCUGCCUGAACUCUACCCUGUUUGCAGACCCUUGAAGAAGACCUGGGAGGACAUAGAGGAUGAGUCGUGCAGGGACUUCAUUGAGGAGUACAUCACAGCGUACCCCAACAGGCCCAUGGUCCUGCUGAAGCCUGGGCAGAUCAUAAAGACUGAGUGGGAGGGGACGUGGUGGCGGAGCCGCGUAGAGGAAGUGGACGGCAGCCUUGUCAAGAUGCUCUUCCUGGAUGACAAGCGCAGCGAGUGGAUCUACCGUGGCUCCACACGCCUGGAGCCCAUGUUCAACCUGAAGAUGAGCACGGCCAGCACCCAGGAGAAGAAGAUGGCAGGCCAGCAGCGUCUGCGCCCCAACAUGGGAGCACUGAGGGCAAAAGGUCCUGUGGUGCAGUAUACUAAUGAUGCCAGUUUGGCAGGCAGCCGACCACCUGCACCCCCACCUGUGCCACCUCGCCCACCUCCUGCCAUGCCCAUGCAGUCUGUCCGCACUGAGAGCCAGCUGGCCAAGAAGAGCACAUCUCAGAUCGUGGGCUCCCCUCGCCAGGGCGUGAUGACCGACCUGCAGCUAAAACCCCUGAGCAGCAUGGUGCCGCAGACCAGCAGCUCCAGGCUCUUCCUCCUGCAGUCUGGUCCGGUACAGAACCUGGCUCCCAUCGCCCCUGCUCCGCAUGCUCCGCAGCCUCCGCAGCCAGCCGUGGCUCCGUACGCAAGUGAGCGCGUCCCCCAGGAGCCGUCGUACCAGGCCCCCAACGACCGCCUCUUCUACCUGAGCCACUCCUGCUCGCCCGAGUGCUUGAAGCGCAUCCGGCCCACGCGGCCCAACCUGCACCGCGGACGCAACCCCCUGCUCACGCCCCUGCUCUACGAGUUUCGCCGCAUGACCGCCCGCAGACGCCUCAACCGCAAGAUGUCCUUCCACGUCAUCUACAAAUCUCCGUGUGGGCUGAGCCUUCGCAAUAUGGCUGAGAUCCAGCGCUACCUCUUCCAGACGCACUGUGACUUCAUCUUCCUGGAGAUGUUCUGCCUGGACCCCUACGUGCUGGUGGACCGCCGCUUCCAGCCGCAGCGUCCCUUCUACUUCAUCCGUGACAUCACAGGCGGUCGCGAGGACAUCCCGCUGUCCUGCGUCAACGAGAUCGACGGCACGGCGCCGCCCAACGUAACCUACAGCAAGGAGCGCAUCCCUGAGCGUGGCGUCACCAUCAACACCAGCCCCGAGUACCUGGUUGGCUGCGACUGCACCGAUGGGUGUCAGGACAAGUCAAAGUGUUCUUGCCACCAGCUGACCCUGCAGGCUACGGCAUGUACUCCGGGUGGUCAGAUCAACUAUGGCGCUGGCUACCACUACAAGAGACUGGAGGAGUGCUUACCCACAGGCAUAUACGAGUGUAAUAAGCGGUGCCGCUGUAACCCUCAGAUGUGCACUAACCGCCUGGUGCAGCACGGUCUGCAGGUGCGCCUGCAGCUCUUUAAAACUCAGAACAAAGGCUGGGGCAUCCGUUGCCUUGACGACGUCGCUAAGGGCUCCUUCGUCUGUAUCUACGCAGGCAAAAUCCUCACGGAUGACAUAGCAGACAAGGAGGGCCAGGAGAUGGGCGACGAGUAUUUCGCCAACCUGGACCACAUCGAGACCGUGGAGAAGUUCAAGGAGGGAUACGAGAGCGAGGCGCACUGCUCAGACAGUGAGGGCAGCGGCGUGGACAUGAGCCGUGUCAAGCUGACCCCUCGGCCCCAACAGGGCAAGGGCGCCGCCAAGGCCGAGGGCCACGGGGGCAAAGGCCAAGGCUCGUCCGACGACGACAGCAGCAGCUCCGACGACAAGGAAGAGUCGAAUGGCGACGAGAGCGACAGCUCGGACGACACGUUUGUCAAGGACACCCCCUACUCGUCGAGCUCGGUGUGGAGGAGCUACACCACCCGCCGACAGGCCAAAGGCAUGAAGGAGGAGAGUCAGGACAGUAAGGACGGCCUGAGCGCGACGGGGGGCGGGGCCGAGGACAGAAAGGACGGCCUGGGCACGACGGGGGGCGGGACCGAGGACAGGAAACCGCCUCCCAUGCCAGAAGAGAGCGGCAAGAGCAAAGUAGCCUCGUGGUUGACCAGCCAGACCACCUCGGCCACAGACGCCGCCGUCAAGACGGAGGGGGCGGGCAGGGCGGAGAAGAAGGAUGUGAUGACGCUGUCCGACAGCGACGACGUGCAGACCAUCAGCUCCGGCUCGGACGACAACAAGGAGCGAGAGAAGAAGACUCAAGCGGUGGUAAAGAGGCAGGUGGCAGUGAAGUCAACACGAGGCAUCGCCUUGAAGGCUUCCCACAGCCUGAUGGUGAAAGCAGGCUCGGUGGGCCCCUCAGGGGGCAGGACCAGCAGUUCAGGACCCAGCCAGGGCCAAGGGGGCGACGCAGGAGACAGCGGCCCCAAAAGCACCCGCCAGUUCUUCGACGGGGAGGAGAAUUGCUACAUCAUCGAUGCCAAACUGGAAGGCAACCUGGGACGCUACCUCAACCAUAGCUGCAGCCCUAACCUGUUCGUGCAGAACGUAUUUGUGGACACACAUGACCUACGGUUCCCUUGGGUGGCUUUCUUUGCCAGCAAGCGUAUUCGUGCGGGCACCGAGCUGACGUGGGACUAUAACUAUGAGGUCGGCAGCGUUGAGGGUAAAGAACUGCUGUGCUGCUGCGGUUCCACCGAGUGUAGAGGACGACUACUCUAAAAUACACACACACACACACACACACACACACACACACACACACACACCUUCAGUCCCAAAGGGAGCCACCCACACUGCUGUGGAGAAUGUGCGUGUUUUUUGGGACACCAAGUCUGUGUUGUUUGAGGUCAAAUGAAGAACUGAGAGAAAGAAAUAAUAUAGGAGCUUUGUGGUUUUCAUUGUAGCUGUGAGAUUAUUUCCAUCCAUCUGUUCUUCAGCUCAGCCUUAAACCUGAAAGUAUUGGAUUGAUACAUUUUUCCUUUAUCUUUUAUAUAAUACGUCAUGUUUUGUUUUCGUGUGUUAAAUUUUGUCAUGUUUGUAAGGACAGUCCAAUCUGUACUGUGACCAUACAGUGCAACACAAUAAAUUUUAUCCCUGACAUAAA